AUGCAGACUUCCUCCGGGGGUGGCUGGAGGCUGUGCAUCUGGGGCUUUAAAUAUACAAAGAGGGGUUGCCAGGACCUGCGGGAACAGGCGGCGGCGGCGGUGGCAGCGCGGGCUGGGACGCUGAGCUGACCAUGAGCUGCUGAGCCGCGCCAAAUCCAGGCAACCCAGCCAGCGGACCCUCGGAACGCGGCGCCGAGCUGCGGGGCAGGCGCCAGCAAGGCGGCGAGGCGGCCAUUCGCGCGGAGCCAGCGACCCCCGGGCGACGCGCCGGGCCCGGGAGCGCAACGAUGGAGGCGCGAGUGACCUGGGGAGCGCUCGCCGGCCCGCUGCGGGCUCUCUGCGUCCUGGGUUGCCUGUUGGGCCGCGCCGCCGCCGCGCCGGCGCCCAUCAUCAAGUUUCCCGGCGAUGUCACCCCCAAAACGGACAAAGAGUGGGCGGUGCAAUACCUGAACACCUACUACGGCUGUCCCAAGGAGAGUUGCAACCUGUUUGUGCUGAAGGAUACUCUCAAGAAGAUGCAGAAGUUCUUCGGGCUGCCCCCGACGGGUGAACUUGACAAGAAUACUAUCAAGACCAUGCGGAAGCCUCGCUGUGGCAACCCAGAUGUGGCCAACUACAACUUCUUCCCUCGCAAACCCAAGUGGGACAAGAACCAGAUCACAUACAGGAUCGUUGGCUACACACCUGACCUGGACCCAGAGACAGUGGAUGAUGCCUUCGCUCGGGCCUUCCAAGUGUGGAGCGAUGUGACCCCGCUGCGAUUUUCUCGCAUCCAUGACGGAGAUGCUGACAUCAUGAUCAACUUUGGUCGCUGGGAGCAUGGAGAUGGGUACCCGUUCGAUGGCAAAGAUGGGCUCCUGGCUCAUGCCUUCGCCCCGGGUACUGGCAUUGGGGGAGACUCCCACUUUGAUGAUGAUGAGCUAUGGACUCUAGGAGAAGGACAAGUGGUCCGUGUGAAGUACGGGAAUGCUGAUGGUGAAUACUGCAAGUUCCCCUUCCUGUUCAAUGGCCAGGAGUACAACAGCUGCACCGACUCAGGCCGCAGCGAUGGCUUCCUCUGGUGCUCUACCACUUACAACUUCGACAAGGAUGGCAAGUACGGCUUCUGUCCCCACGAAGCUCUGUUCACCAUGGGUGGCAAUGCAGACGGACAGCCCUGCAAGUUCCCAUUCCGGUUCCAGGGCACCUCCUACAACAGCUGCACCACCGAGGGCCGCACAGAUGGCUACCGCUGGUGUGGCACCACCGAGGACUAUGACCGUGACAAGAAGUACGGCUUCUGUCCUGAGACAGCUAUGUCCACUGUGGGCGGGAAUUCGGAAGGUGCCCCCUGUGUCUUCUCCUUCACCUUCCUGGGCAAAAAGUACGACAGCUGCACAACUUCCGGCCGCAGUGAUGGCAAGAAGUGGUGUGCAACCACGACCAGCUUUGAUGAUGACCGGAAGUGGGGCUUCUGCCCUGACCAAGGCUACAGCCUGUUCCUUGUGGCAGCCCAUGAGUUCGGCCACGCCAUGGGGCUGGAGCACUCGCAAGAUCCUGGGGCCCUGAUGGCGCCCAUUUAUACCUACACCAAGAACUUCCGGCUGUCCCAGGAUGACGUCAAGGGCAUUCAAGAGCUCUAUGGGCCCUCCCCUGAUGUUGAUACUGAUGCUGGCACCGGCCCCACCCCCACGCUGGGACCUGUCACUCCAGAGCUUUGCAAACAUGACAUUGUCUUUGAUGGCAUCACUCAGAUCCGUGGGGAGAUCUUCCUCUUCAAGGACCGGUUCUUUUGGCGGACAGUAACACCAGGUGACAAGCUUACAGGACCUCUGCUGGUGGCCACAUUCUGGCCUGAGCUCCCAGAAAAGAUCGAUGCUGUGUACGAAGCCCCACAAGAGGAGAAGACUGUGUUCUUUGCAGGGAAUGAGUACUGGGUCUAUUCUGCCAGUACCCUGGAGCGAGGGUACCCUAAGCCACUGACCAGCCUUGGGCUGCCCCCAGAUGUUCAGCGAGUGGAUGCUGCCUUUAACUGGAGCAAGAACAAGAAGACAUACAUCUUCGCUGGAUUCAGAUUCUGGAGAUACAAUGAGGUAAAGAAGAAAAUGGAUCCCGGCUUUCCCAAGCUCAUUGAAGAGGCCUGGAAUGCCAUCCCCGAUAACCUGGAUGCUGUCAUGGACCUGCAGGGCAGUGGUCACAGCUACUUCUUCAAGGGUGCUUAUUACCUGAAACUGGAGAACCAAAGCCUGAAGAGUGUGAAGUUUGGAAGCAUCAAAUCGGACUGGUUGGGCUGCUGAGCUGGCCCGGCUUCCAUGGCCCUUCCUCUCCAUCCCAUCUGACAGCCAGGCCUUGAGCGCCCGGGAAGGACGAAGAAAGGCCUGGCAGCCCUACCCUCAGCUCUGUUAAUCAGCAUUCUCAUCCUCACCUGGUAAUUUAAGAUUCCAGAGUGGCUCUUCCCUGUGUCCAAAGAAAGGUGCUGAUUGUACCCCUCCCAGGUGUCCCUUUCCUUUCCUCCCCACAAAGAGCUGCUUUGAUAUUCUCAGUGCAGCCCUGCUUUGGGCUGCCCUGGUGCUGCCACACUCUUCUCCCUCCACAACCUUCUGUGGCUCACAGCACCCUCAGAGCCAACAGAGAUCGUCUCAACAGGGCACUGGUGGCCCAACAGCCUAGCAGGGGGCAGUGGGAUAGAGACAUAGCUAGGUGGUAUUCAGAGACACCUGGCUUCUCACUGCUGGCUGCCUUAGAACCCUCCCUUCAUUAGCAAUUUGCUCUGCGUGCACUUUGGGAUUUUUUUCUUUUAUCUUUCCACUAUAUUGCAUUUUCUGACAGAAGGACUCAGGUUGUCUGAAGUCACUGCACAAUGCAUUUCAGCCUGCAUAGCGAUAGUGCCCUGGUUCGCUGUACUUAGAAUGUCCAACCCGUUCGUUUCCUCCACUGGAUGGAGGAAAACUAUACUGUGGCCUCUCGCUCAGCCCUUUCCACCUCUCCUGUCAACAGUUCCCCAUGGGAAAUGGCAACAGUAUAAAUAAAGACACCAAUUGAGUG